ACGUACGUUAGCCAUCCAGGUAUACAACAUUUGUAGGUUUCCAUGGCUGCCCUAAGGUCAACGCUUCUAUUGCUGUGCCUCAUUGGCUGGCACCUGAGUCCGAUCGAAGCCCACGGAGGCAGCGACCAUCACAGCGACGGAGAGACGGUAGAUUUGCGUUCAAGGGGCCUGAUCUUAGUAAAAAUAUGGUGUUUGAUAAUUUUACUAGUAAGCACCUUCGCCGGCGGCAUGUCACCGUACUUUUUCCGUUGGAACGAGACGUUUAUUCUUCUGGGAACUCAAUUCGCGGGUGGAGUUUUCUUGGGAACCUCUAUGAUACAUUUCUUGAGCGAUGCGAAUGAGACCUUCGGUGAUCUCACCACCAAAACAUACCCUUUCGCUUUCAUGCUGGCUUGUGCGGGCUAUCUCCUCACCAUGCUUGGUGAUUGUGUAGUGAUUUAUGUGACCAGCCAUAAGGAGAGGGAAGCCAAGGUGUUGGAACUGGAAGGAGGAAGAACACCCCAAGAACAUGCCCAAGAGGUUGGAUUGGAGGUUAACCCCAUAUUUGUGAAGACUACUAACGUGGGAGACACCAUCCUUCUCAUCGUUGCCUUGUGUUUUCACUCGGUGUUUGAGGGUAUUGCCGUCGGAGUUUCAGGGAGCAAGGGGGAAGCAUGGAGAAACUUGUGGACAAUAUCGCUGCACAAGAUAUUUGCAGCGAUAGGAAUGGGGAUCGCCCUGCUGAGGAUGCUGCCCAAGAGACCGUUUGCGACAACGGUGGCGUAUUCCUUAGCGUUUGCAGUCUCAAGCCCAGUAGGCGUGGGAAUAGGAAUCGCCAUCGACGCCACAGCAGAGGGACGCACAGCAGAUUGGAUAUACUCAAUCUCCAUGGGUCUUGCUUGUGGGGUUUUCAUAUAUGUUGCCAUCAAUCACUUGAUAUCCAAGGGCUUCAAACCCACAACAACCACCCGUUUCAACUCUCCUUGGUUUAGGUUUCUUGCUGUUCUUUCUGGGGUCGCUAUUAUAGCCCUUGUCAUGAUUUGGGACUGAUUUAUAUAUAUUCGCCCACUAAUAUCAUUCCGAUUCUCUUGCAAUUCUGUGGCUUCAUGUUCUGUAUUGCUGUAUAUGUGUGGGUAUGUGUGUGUGAUGCUUUGUUAACAUGCCCGAGUCAUCAGAUGUUUGAGGUUAUUUCUCUGGGACUGAAUAAUUGUAAAGGCCAUGUACCAUAAUUUUCUGUGUCCGCAACAAGAAUCGUAAUGAUCUCCUCAUUUUUA